AUGGUCAACGUGGACGUUCUUUCUCUGUUCGCGGCCUCUGUGAAGGCAGUGCUCAAGAUCGGCGUAGUAGCAGGCGCCGGAGUUCUCAUGGCGAAAUGGGGCAUCAUCACGAAUGAAGGCAAGAAGUGCCUCGGAGAACUGACGAUGACUCUUCUGAUCCCGUGCCUUAUGUUCACUCAGGUUGCGGAUUGCGACGUGCAAAUGCAGCAGAACAUUCCUUGCCCAAACAUGAAGUCGGUGAUCUUGGGCUCCUGGGUUCUAUUCGUGUGGCCACUUGUUGUCGUCUCGAGUGGGUACGGGCUGGGCUAUCUGGUAUCCAAACUGCUGAGGGUGCCGCAGACUUUUGCCAGGGCUGCUGCUGGGUCUGUCGCUUUCGGCAACUCCACGGGUAUGCCGCUCGUGCUUCUCCAGGCGCUCACCCCAUCCUUGAUCGCUAAUGGUAUUCUGAAGGAGAGUCCCCUGCUGUAUCUUCCUGUGUACCUGGUCUUGUCGCCACUCCUGCAGUGGACGAUCGGAUCUGCAAUAUUCCAAGCGCCCAAGCCGAAAGAUGAGGCCCCCCUUGCUCGAGAUGAAGACGGCGAGAGUGAGACCGCAUCCGAUGAGUCGGACGACGAGGGUGAGAGCGCAGAGCGUGACCCGGUGCAGGGAGACCAGGCCGACACGGGCAGGUCGGUGCAAUUUGUGCCACAAUUCGCCCCCCAGGCCGAGAUUGACGACGGGGUCACGUUGGAGUCAAUCAAGUCCGGACGCCUGCUGCCCAGGAGAAAAGAGACCGGGUAUGGACAAAAGUGA